GAAAGUAAAAUAUAGCAGAGGAAUCACUCCAGUAGCUAAUGCCAAUCAUAUCCCACCAGCUUUCAAGUAAACAAUCAUGUCAAAGUCCCUCAUCCAUCUUGCUGACUUUUGCAGCAGCCUUUAACGCGUGAAAUCAUCAAUGACCAAAGAAUGAGACUGAAGAUUCAGAAAUAGUAAAUCUUCGGAAAACACUGGAAAUAGUUUGAAAGAUAGUCAAACAAUCAAAUAGAUAUAGUUGCAUCCAAAACAGCAACCUAGACAAACACCAAGAGGUAGAAACACCCACAAGAACUCCUCAGAAUAGCAUACAAAAGCUCCACCACUGAUAAAGAUUUCAGCUUUACAUUAAGAGAUAACUGGAGAACUAGUGAAACGAGAUGGGGAAGAUUGGUUGCACCAUAGAUGGCAACCUAGAUGACUCAAAAUUCAGCGAGCCAAUGCCAUGGAUCGGUAUCUAUGUUGCAGGAGCAUCUGCAGCUUGUGCGCUGGCUAUGGCAAUGGAUGUCCUUCAUGGCCUGCGCCAUAGAAAAUUCUGGUUUCCUUGCAACUACUUCUCUCUCAAUGCUACAACCUUGACACUUCUAGCUGUCGCCACCAAGUUGUCUGUUGAUCUAAAUACCUCCAUGCCUCGUCGCCAAGAUCAGCUGACAAAACUUAGCAGUGCUACUCUAAUCUGUACGGUAAUUUCUAAUUUUAUGCCUUCUUUAGGACUCAUGGAGAACAAAGAGUUGUUGAUGAACAUAAUGGCUUUGGGUAUUUUCGUCAUCACAGCCAUUGUGAACAUUGGUAUACAAUUAGCUACAGGUGUAAUCUAUGUUUUCUGCAAAGAGCAUAUCGCCCUCAUGUUUCUUAUGCUUGUUUUGCUUCUGCUACUGAUCUCCUCAGCCGUGGCAAUACCAACUACAAAGUGUUAUUUGGACCUGAAAUAUAACAAGAGAUACAAGUUAGCAAACAAAGAAUGUGGGAUCACCUCUAAAUGCACAACUGAGAACCUGAAGGACGAGCUGAUGAAAUUCUGGACCAUGGCCUAUACCACUAGCCCCCACUUCGUGGCGGGGCGCUUAGCAACAUGCACUGCAUCUGGAGGUUUCUGCCUUCUGAGCACAGUAAUUUAUGCUGAGGCCAUGCUUAGGUCUUACCUUCUUCAUUGGAGCUUCAACUUUUGCAAUGGAGACUCUGAAUACAAGUGGUCCACAACCUUGAUUCUUGUAACUCAGACUGUGGCAAUAGGCGUAGGAACAAUUGCGCCAGCUUUUAGAUGGUUCAUAGCCAUAAAUUACCGCUGCCCCAGAAAAACAAAUAAUGCCUGCAAAGCCAAGUUGUUCAAAGUGGAGAACUACUGGAUCCGCAUCCUGCUUCAAUGGAAAGAAUCCCCGUUGGAUUUCAGAAUUUGUGGCCGGCAUGGUAGAAAAUUUGCUCAUAAAACAAAGAACAGACUUCUAGAUUUCUGUAUUUGGAUGCAAAUUAUGAUGGUGUCACUCAGUAAGCUAGUUCGGCUCAUUUCCACUUUCUCUGUAAGUUGGUUAUUGAUAAGCUGUCGGAAAGCAAUCAGGAUGCUGAAAUGCAACACUAUGGUGUCAAGUCAUGAUAUAGAGUCGCAAGCCAGUCUAAAGCCAGAUCUUAGCCACUAUGUUUUACACCUUGAAGGAGAGGAAGCAUUAAUUGAUUUGAUGAUGCAAAGCAACCGUGAUGUGGUAGGUCACUGGAUCGGGAUGGGGAAAAAGGAGCAGCCUAAACAUCUUAUACAACUUCUGGAGAAGGUGAAGUCAUCACCCGGAUUCAGGGGAGUGUAUGAAUUUGACCAUGCUCAAAUUCCUUCUUUAGAUUCGGAAGAACCUCCUAAUUGCUGGGCUCUUCCCGUAGUGACGCUGACAAGCAUCGCAAUUGCACUUCCAGACAUUGAUUUCCACUCAAUCAAGGAAUUAAUAAGGUGUGUGUAUGAAGGUCUCAUGUACAUCAAAGUUGUGGAAGAGAACCUGGAUGCCGGAAAAGACCUAGUAUACAUCAGGAAGGCGGCAGAGUUGGUGUGGGUAGGAGUUGACUUAUGCUACAAGUGGCUGGAUGUCGAUCUCCGCACGACAGCCACUGAAGGACAAAAUCCAAAAGACGUGCUUGAAGGACUCUCUAAGAAAGCAAAGCAAAGAUUUGCCGAAUUUAGAAAGAAAGAUUCGAAUGCUUGUUUAAAGGAAUCACCCUCAAGAUGGCCUACCAAUAUGUUGGCAGCAAACUGUAUGUACAGAGUAUGUCAAACUCUUCUGCAAAGUUCUGAUAGGAAAGAGUUAGAGAAUAGCAAAAUCAUGUUCGACAGAUUGUCAACCAUGAUCGUGGAUGUAACAGGCGCUUGUCUUACCAACCUACAAAGAGUUAUACCCCUGCAAUGCCACCAUAGCACUAUUGAAGAGAGAGCAAAAGGUGUCCGCUCUGCCGUCUUACUUCUGGGGAAAGCAGAGAGUAUUCUAGAAAUUCUUCGUUCACAGCCACUUCCAAGUUCAGCACCAGAUCAACUGGCAAAAAUUGAUCAUUGGCGUACACAUAGCAAAGAGGUAGACUACCUCUCCUGCAGUAGUAAUUCACCCUCAAAUGAUACUCCAACUUCCCAAAGUUCAUCUGACUUACAUCUAACAGUGGACUAAGAAGCAAAUGCCUGAAAGUGGAAAAAGAAAAAAGACACAGCUUGGGUUCUAUUAUAAUUUUGAGCAGCUGGCAGGACUGGAAGAUGAGGAAGAAGCAAAAACAGAUUUGGAAGACUCUGGAUAUGGUUAGAGAGAAGUGUUUCAAGGAAAAGAGGACACUGUUACUUUUGUCAAAUAUGGACGUAUUCAGAACUUGAAAUUUUGGUGCAAGGCUUCUUUUGUAAAUUUAUGAUAUUGAUAUGAUGCUCGAUUUCAUGUAAUCCUUACCGUCAUAAAGGAUUCAUGUCCAGCAAGCUUUUGUAUUAUACUCUCAGUACAAUCUUGGUACAGAUGUUUUGAUGAAUAAAUUUACUUAUUUCUUUUAAAAAAAAAGUAUGGCUUCACAUGUCUGUUGACCACACCAAAAAGAAUUUUGUUUUCGCACUCUUGUACCCAUACUGAGGGAUGGGAAAAAAAUCAUGUUGUCUCCCUUCAGUAACAUAUGAUAGAAGGAUGUCACAGUAAAUCAUUCAUUGCUCAGAUCUUCCUACCUCAA